AUGGCCAGACUUGCGUACAGCACGCGCUUAGCACUUUAUCUAACUACGAUGAUAUUACUUGAAAAAGCUGACUCAAGAGUGCAGGGCAUAGCCUCUCCAAAUGCAGUAACGCUUGACAGUGAUUCUUCGAUAGCGGUUUUAUCUAAGACUGCAAGGGAACUUCCCGAUAAAUUUAUCCAGUGGCCUAAUCAGCAGCAGCAGCAGCAGGGUUGCAUUGACUACCAUGACCAAGACGACAUGUCUGAAGAUUCUGCCAUGUACUCGCUGAGAAUCGAGAUAAUCAAGGCAAAGAUACUGGCAAAACUGCAGAGGGACAAAGUACCGGUAAUAAAAGAAAAACCAAUGGAAAGUAAAAUUAAAGAGCUACUAGCAAGUUUGAACCUCACUGGAGAAGAUGACGUAGACGAGAAAAAGGAAGAGGAAGAACGAGACUACUUUGGAAGGACCACUAAGAUCAUAGUAUUUAGCGAGAAAGAUAGGAGGUGUAGUCAACUACCCUGCGAAGAGAGUCUCCUUCGAUCCUCCUAG